AUGGUCGCGUAUGCAUCAACAAAGUCCGAGAGGGCCCCCGCUCGCCACAGGGCAUGGGACAUCCCGGAGCUCGUCCAGCUCAUCUGCGAGGAAGCCGAGCAUCUCCCGCCGGCCAAGACCGCCAAAGGCCCGCGCCUGCGCCCGAUCGCGGCGCUCGCGCAGAUCAACCGCGCCUUUUGGACCCUUGCCGCGCCGUGUUUGUGGCGAAAGCAGACGAGCCUGAUUCCCCUGCUCAAGUGCUUGCCCGCCGACACCUGGGAGCAGCGUGUGGUAGACGAUCGGCUUACCUUUGCACCGGACGAGCCUGUGGUGCACCGAGAGGUGUAUCGCAUGCUGAGCAGUUGCAUACCGAAAUCUACACUCUUGCCCAACCUCAAACGGCUAUACUGGCAAAUGGACGAGGGCUACUCACAGCUGUUCUUCGCCCGUUUCGUCGGUAACAAAGUCACUUCGGUGCGCCUUUAUCGUGGCACGCGCAGCGAUAUAGGCCAGGAGCACUCGGACGCGACCCCACCCACCCUGUUCCUGCUCGCCCUCGCCGACUCCUGCCCGUCCGUGCGAGAACUGGCGCUCGCGUCGUACGACGCCGACUUCCUCUGCGACAUCGUCGGCAACUGCUGGAACACCAUCUCGAGUCUCACCCUCAGCUCCCUCGAGCUCAGCCCGCAUGCGCUGGGUCACCUCGCCGAGCUCCCGAACCUGCAGACGCUCCACAUGGCCGUCGUCGACCCGCACCUCCCCGUCACCCUUGUCCAGCCCGGCUUCCGCGCGCUCACCGCGCUCUUCCUCUACGUACCAAGCAUGGAGACGCUCAACGACGUACUGCAAAUGUCGGGACCAUGGCCGUUGCAGUCUGUCUACGUUGGCACGCACCUGCCCUCUGUGGCAACGGAGUGGGACAAGCUGAUUGGCACGCUGUCGGAGAACCUCUCGCCCGAGACGCUCACCUCGUUGACCAUCACCGAGGAGCAGCUCUCCGAGAGCGCGCCGCGGCAGGUCAUCCGAGACCAGGACGUCGACCAGUACCUCAUUGGCGGGGGCGCGAUCCGACCACUGGGACGCUUCCACCGCUUGCGGUCGGUGACGCUGCAGCCACAUUGUGGUGUGGCAUUCACGGACGUGGAUAUCGCAUACGUCGCACCGAAAUGGCCAGACGCGCUCGAGGUGCAGCUCGCGCCGUACCACCGUCCACCACGGGGCCCGCGGUGCACCUUCGGCUCCAUCCUCGCGCUCGCAGAACACUGCCCGCGGCUGGACUACCUCCAGCUCGCAAUCGACGCGACGCACCCGCUGCCCGACCUCGGCGACAACGCGCGCGCACGGCUCGAGCGCCUCGCAGGCAACUGCCUCGACUACCUCCACAUAUGCACCUCCCCCAUCGAAAAGACGCGCGAGAUCGCCGCCUUCCUCGCGGUCCUGUUCCCCAAGUGCGCGGACAUAGGUAUGCUCGACGACGAGGAAAAGGUGAUGCCGCUGCGCGAGCAGCGGUGGAUGGAGGUGCAGGCGCACCUCGAAAGCGCCCAAUUCAAGGCGGGCGCGUUGAACGAGUUGCUGGCGAUUAUGGCCCGGGAAGGUCAGGAGAUGGCUGUGGCAUGA